AAUCCGGUUAACCGGCUGGGCGUUUUACACAAUGAAAUUCAUAUCCGCUGUUGAACGCGCUGUGCUAUUGCUAUAUUUAACCUUCCUAUUGUGUGGAAUCUACGCCGAAAGCAGCAAGAGUGGCGGUGGCAGUGGCAGCGGCAGUGGCACCCACGCCGUACAUAAGCAUAGACCCAAACGGUAUGAUGGGGACGGCCCAACAGAACAGGUUUACUAUGUUGACCAAAUAGCAUCUGAUUCUGAGAUAUCGCCCUGGACGUCGAAUCGCAUAAUCGCCAAAACUACUGAAAAUGGUAAACAAUCGCAAUAUAUUAUUAACGUCUCUCCGGAUGAUGAGGUCAUCAUCCACGAUAGGGGCGCAAGCGAUCGAAACUCGGACCAAGAACCGGACCAGGAUCAAUCGCCGCAGGACUUUGUCCAGCAUGCAUUACGACUGCGGGACCAAUUCAAGAAAGGUCCGAACGCGAAAUCUUCAACUCCGCUUCCGGCCAGCUCCUUCGUUGAAUACACCACUAUUAAAUAUGACCACUUUGGACCCAGCAAGACGCCCCUGCAGGCUCACCAUAGCAAACCUGUUCAGGCAAAAGCUCUUCCGCCGCAUUCACAGCAAGGGCAUCUGCCACCGAUCAACUAUCGCUCAAAGCACAUCAAACCGAAACCCACGAAGCCUCCGGGGAACACAGUUACUCCGUUCAGUGACCUAGAAUUGCCUGAAGCUGAACCUACCAGUCCAUACCGAAAGGAAAAACCUAAAGAUGCACCCAAAUCACCGAAGCAUACACCAGUUAAACAACAGGAUACUGCGGCAUCGACUCUUUUCAUACAAAAAGUUAAACCGAUAGAUCCUGUAUUUACAAGCUACAACACACAUCAUAACACAGGAAACAGUUUCAAAGAAUUCCAACAUCUACCCGCGAACGAUGCUCACGGAUCAAGUUCUAUGAUCAAUGUACAAAAAGUGAAACCUCCCGCGGAAGUGUACAAUAGGCAUAAAUCCCACUCUUUUCGUCAUGAGGAUUUAGAUAGCUAUUUUGAGAAGAAACAAAAGAAGCAUGAUUCUACCGAAGAAAUUCGCUACAAACCCAAACACAUCAAAAGUCACGAUCACUCUCUGAAGUCCGAACACCCGACAGAAAACUAUCCGGAAAAGAUUCGACACACAAUGGAACGCCAUCCACUUAGGUAUUAUAAAGAAACGUCCACAGCUGAUCCUUUUGAGAAAUAUUAUAACACGAGACCUUAUGAAUCAAUGAAGUCACAAACAAAGUACGAAACUGACGUGGCUCCUUCGGUAGAAACGUACCGCUACCAACCACCGAAAAGCUAUCCACCAGAAGAAGCAGCCAAAUUUAAAUUUUCUAAAGAGAUCUCAACAACUGCCGAACCAUACAAAUCUUACCACCACGUUAAAACUUACCUAGAUGAUAGUCAAAGAAAUGAAAAACCGAUUAUUAAAUCCACAGCACAUCACGAAGCAACUUUCCACAUGCAACCUAAGCCUCAACAUGAGACAUACGCCAAACCAGAAUCCUAUAGGCCAAACCGUCCCGAACAAAUCCAUGAAGGACACCAUCAAGAAGUCGUAAAAGUAGGACCAUCCUCACGUCCACCAAAAUACUACGAAGAACCUUCUCCCUCACCAAGCUAUGCAAAAGUCACAACCUAUCCUACGCCAGAAAUUUCCAGCUCGCAGCACGCUUACACCCGUUCGAAGGCUCCGGCCAGUGAUCCCUACAAGAUCAAACCGAAUCCCACACCGGAAAUUUCUAUCGUCAGUCACGGAUUCCAGAAACCCUCCUCACCUAGCUUUCCCAAGUACAUUCCAACCAAAAUGCCAGAACUUGAGGGAUCCGGUCUAACCUAUAAGAAAAUAUUUGCCUCAUCAGAACCCGUCUCAAACUACAUUCCGUCCUCUACCCAACAGACCUUCAGUCCCGAAUACCCGAAGACAUUCUCUCUCGCUCCCACAACGUACUCCCCAAAGUUCCCCAGCUCGGUAACGCCUGACAGUUUUGAUUUUACGCAUAUGAGCGAACCUCCAAAAUCAUUCGCCAAGUACAGCGAACCUACAUCAUCCACCAAAGUGUACGGCACUAUCAUCCCUUCAGAACAACCGUUCCAAACGCUCAGCACCAAAAUUGUUAUGAAGCCCUCGCCCACUGAGCUGUCCCUCUCGGAUGCCAGCACACAAUCCCUUCAGAAUCGUACCACAAGCGUAGAGUUCAAACCGUCCCCCACGGAGGAACCCAAAACCGAGUACUACACCAAUCCAGCGGUUACAACCUACUACGUGUUUGCCAACGGCACGGAGAUCAAUCUCGGAAACGAUCCAUCCAAGAUCCCACCAGAGUUUCGUGUAUCUCCAGGAGAUGCUUCAUACAUUAGUUCGAACUACUCCACCAAAUUGGCUGAAGAUUUUGCAAUGAAAUACAACUGGGACACCAUCCCCAGCUCAAGUGACUUUUUCGUUACUCCAGAGGCUGCCGUAAGAGAUGGAAAGGUUGAAUACGUUCUGCGUGAGAGGAAAAAGGGAAAACCUUCUGUAUAUUCAAAGUCCUCCAAACCAGUCAAAACCCUUACCAUCUAUAGAAAUACGCAUCGAUCGGGGGACGAAAGCGACAUGGAGAGCGGAUUUGAACCGUCCACUCACUUCGGAAAGCCCGACGAGGUUCCACAAAUCAGUGACAAACGAGGUGAAGUGACGGAUGACGAUGAGGAUUUUUUCUUCGCUAAUGGUGAAGUUAUUCUACAGGAUGAUCCAAGCAAAGCUUCCAAAAAGAACGCGUUCUAUAUACCGCCUGGAUUGCAGCAGCCAGGAGCGGGUGUAAUGUUGAAGUUGGCUCCUCAGCAGCAGCAACAACAAUCACAACAAUUGCAGGACCAACAAAUUGCCGAUAUGGACAUGAGCGGGGAACCAUCCAAGAAGCAAUACUUUGUAUUGUAUCAUAUUGAGGAUAAUAAAAAGAAACAUCAAAAACCUACGACCACAACUCAACCUCCUCCAACACCAGCUCCGGUGAAACAAGAAAUCCACUACCAUUAUUCCGAAAAAGAGAACGAAGAUCCGGAUGUAACUCAUGAACACUUCAAUUACCAUCAUGAAGAAACGGUCGAAGAUGUCGAUGAUGACAUUCAGCAUCAUUAUAUCAAUCAAAACCUAGGAAAGCUAAACUUUCGUCCAAACAUCGCACAUCCAUCCUACAAGUUCAAAGACAGCUCCGCCUUAGGUAGUGAUUCAUCCGUCCGAAUAGUUGAUCCUGUCACAAAACAUGGUCGACCCAUGGAGAUCACCAAACAGGAAUAUGUGCGACACGUUCAGAAUGCCGUUCUGAAAUACAUGAAGCAGCUGCAAGACGAAGGUCGACUACCGGCAAUUCUGGCUCGCGACCAUGAUUCGGACGAAACGCAGAAAACUUUCGAUGAGCUUGACAUUUCAGCACUUCUGAACGAAAACAACGCCAAACACAAGUUCCACCUAAACACACCGGUCAAAGUCAAUCUUCCCACCACUCCUAGUCACUACAAACCAAUGAAGACCGUUCCUAGUUCAAGCACGUACAAACCGGUAACAAACAUUAAAUUCCCAAAACAAACGUACCCGGCUGGUAAGCCCUUAAAAAUGGCUAUCGAAAGCCUACAAGAACAAUUGGGAAACAGCGUCGAUUUGACCGUGAAAGGAACAAAAGGACAGGUGAAGCCUGAUCUCUCCGCUAUAGACGUUGGUCAGUCGUACCUGCACGGACCUCACUACGAUCCGCCAACGCCAACGCCAACUCCAACCGUCGUCCACAUACCGCCCCAGAAGACGAAGCUUCACUUCAACCAGCAGACCUACCACGACAUCAACUCACUGACGAACGUAAAAGAAACCCAGAGUCUGAAACCUGCCGCUGCGUAUUCGUCCAUCAAAGGAGGAUCGGCCAAUGUUGGAGCUUCGAUCAGCUUCGGCGGUAGCAAGAGUCCACCACACUUAGAUGACCCCAAGCUUGGACCGGAGGCACUCGAUGCACCGAUCCAAAUCAUCAACGGUAUUCCCAUCACAAAUCCCUACAACAUUGAUAUCAACACCUUGAGGUACAUGUUGGGUGGCUUGGCACAAGCGCAGGUUGAGCAACAGCAGCAGAGCUCCAAACAUCCGGAGCCCACCAUCAAACUAAAAGGUUCCAACUGGAUGUCGCUGCCUACGGUCGCAAGCCCGGCACAGGUCUUCUCCUCCAACAUGCCUACCUUCCACCACUCACCAUCGGAGGCAAACAACUACAAAUACAAUGCCAACUUUGACAGCAGUAAUUUCAAAAUUAAGAUUCCCAAAAAUGUCAAAGAUUUCAAAAUGAAACCGGCGAGUGGUAGCGAUUCCAUCGGUUCGACAUCGAUGAGUUACGCCUCCUGGGGAGAUCCACUGCGCCAAAAUCGACAAAUUAUACCGCAACAACAGCAACAACAACAACUGUUACAACAACAACUGUUACAACAACAACAACAGCAGCAGCAGCAUCAUCACCACCACUUGCAGCAACACCCGCAGCACCAGCAACAACAUCUACUGCAGCAGCAACAGCAGCAGCAGCAGCACCAGCAACAACUUCGACCGAAUCGUGAGUUCAAUCCAGAACUGUUCCUCAACCCACACGGUAAGUACGUGGGUCCCAUCAUGAACAAAAAGAACGGACCACCCGAUCGUAAAAGCAUAAUUAAACCAGUGCCAGCAGCCAAGGUGAAAGUGACCAAGUUGGACACCAAUCUACGGCCACCGCCACCCCGGUAGGGAGCGUUGGUUACCCCAGCACCAGCGGGAGGUCUUGUUAAAUGUGGGUUCUGCCACGAGCUGCGAGACCGAUGGGUGCAAUAGUUAGUGAUUUCGUAUUUUGUUGUAGAUAGGCCAGUUAGGAAUAUGUUUUAGAGUAUUUAAUUGUUUACCUUGUAUGUAAGUGGCUUUCAAGACGUAUCUCUCUUCGCUUUCGAUCAAUUUUAAACUGUGUAAUUUAUUGAGAUUACUUAUAAUUUAUUAAAACUCUUUUUAUUCAUUAAUACAGCUAUUGUAUAGAGAAUGACGAGUCACGCUUUCAGCGAUACACAGAAUCUGUAGAAUAAAUAAGACUUUCCAAGUAUUACAAAA